AUGCUCAGACAUUAUCUCCUUUUUCUUUGUGCUCUGGUGAUCAGCGUAAUCGCUGUACCAACAGGACACCAAUAUGAAGUCCAUGAGCGUCGGGAGUACAACACCGAUGCGUGGACCGAAACUCAACGACUCGCUGGGGACACAAUCUUACCUGUCCGAAUUGGCCUGACUCAGUCUAAUCUUGACCGCGGUCAUGACUUGCUGAUGGACAUCUCUAACCCAAAGUCAAGUCGUUACGGAAAGCACCUCUCUCUUAGUGAGAUGCAUGAUUUCUUCGCUCCAGCCGACACAAGUGUGGCUGCAGUGCGUUCUUGGUUGGAGUCUGCUGGAAUUGCCGGAAACCGCAUCUCGCAGUCGACCAACAAGCAGUGGGUACAAUUUGACGCCAAUGUCAACGAAUUGGAAGAUCUGCUUCGCACAGAGUACUACACUUACUCACAUGGCGCGAAUGGGCGAUCACACGUUUCAUGCCGGGAGUACCAGGUUCCGGCUUCUGUGCGUGAGCACAUUGACUACAUCACUCCAGGUGUUGCUAUGCGCGAGGUGACUGGGCUACAAAUGCCUAUAAAGAAGCUUGGCACACGCACCUUUGGAGGAAUACCCCCAAAGUUCACUCCAAUCGACCGACCUAUCAGUCAGCUCACGAGCAAUACUUCCCAGGAAUGGUGCUCUCUUACGGCUACACCUCAAUGCAUUGGAGAGAUGUAUAACAUCCCAAAGGGCCAUUCUGCUACAAAGGGAAAUGAGCUUGGAAUAUUCGAAACGCUUGGGGACGUGUACAGCCAAGAGAGCCUUGAUCUGUUUUUCUCGCAUUUCGCUUCGGAAAUUCCCGUGGGUACACAUCCAAUUUUAAAGGGCGUGGAUGGAGGCAGCGCCCCCACCACAGAUGUAAAGAAAGAUGGUUGCGAGUCCAAUCUUGACUUCGAAAUCUCUUACCCGAUCAUCUGGCCACAAACCCCGAUUUUGUUCCAAACUGACGAUAUGGUCUACGAGACAAAUCACAAAAACGUGGGAUGGCUCAACACUUUUCUGGAUGCCAUUGACGGAUCCUACUGCGACGAGAUCUCCCCUUAUGAUCCCGUUUAUCCAGACCCCGCAGAAGGAGGGUACAAGGGUUCUCUGCAGUGUGGCGUCUACGAACCUCCAAAAGUGAUUUCCAUUUCAUAUGGCGGAAUGGAGUACUUUAUGCCCCUCGCAUAUCAGAAGCGUCAAUGUGGCGAGUUCAUGAAACUCGGUACUAUGGGCGUGUCAGUGGUGGUCGCUUCUGGUGAUAGUGGCGUGGCGGGCAUAUAUGGUUAUUGCCUUGGUCCCAACGAAACAAUCUUUAACCCGGAUUACCCUGCCACCUGUCCCUAUCUCACAGCAGUGGGAUCAACCGAGAUACCAAUUGGUGUCUCACACCUAAAUCACAAAGAGCAGGCUACAAUCCGUUUUGGAUCCGGCGGUGGCUUCAGCAAUAUCUACAAGACACCCGACUAUCAGGCGCAAGCGGUGACCCAGUACUUUUCCGUGGCAAAUCUCAGCUACCCAUACUACGAGACCUCGGAUAACACCAGCAUCGAUGCAAAUGAUGGCAUCUAUAAUCGCAUUGGUCGUGGGUAUCCCGAUGUCGCUGCGAUUGGGGAGAGGGUGGCUAUCUACUGUCAUGGAACUUACGGAACAAUUGGUGGCACAUCAGCAUCGGCACCCGCAUUUGCUGCAAUGCUCACUCGCAUCAACGAAGAGCGACUUGCCGUGGGAAAGUCGACUGUUGGGUUUGUCAAUCCGGUAUUGUAUGCCCACCCGGAGGCAUUCUUCGAUGUGACGAGUGGAAGCAACGCUGGUUGCGGUACUCCGGGCUUUGCAGCGAUUGAAGGUUGGGACCCAGUGACUGGACUUGGUACUCCGAACUAUCCACGUCUUUUGGAUGUGUUUAUGAAGAACUAG